CUGUAGACCUCGGCACACGACGACGCGCAAUAGCGCGUUGCCAACAGCAUAUUAUAGUAUGAUAUAACGGAUCUAUUGGUAUUUCAUGAAUUCUGGCACCACCGUUGGCGGGAGCAGCGUCAAGCCUGUCAACUCGAUAAGGACCGCUGCGCGGCCCGGGUCGAGGCGCUUGCUACUGCUGUUGUUUCUGAUUGCAUCCAACGGGAAGCAAUCUGGAGAGGCAUUUCCCGCCAUUAAUAGCCCAGAAUCAUUCAUCAGUGCUGUGGCACUCUGUUCAUAUCGGGGCGCUUCGUUAUGGAACGCAGAGCUGGUGCUCGCUGCAGACGUGCAGGAUAUCUGGUCCGGACUUUCAGGCACGGAGCCAUCGUCCCAAGGAGAGCGCGGGGCCGCGCCGUCCCGUGGCGGGCUGUGGACGUGGGAUGAAUCUCGGCUGUGCCUUGCGGCGCUGCUGACCCAGCAACCAACGGCUGCGGCUGCGGCGGGGGCAGCUGUGGGGGACGCGGCCACCCCGGCACCUGUGCUCGUGAGCCUGGAGGGGCGGCCGUGCACCCAGCGCCUGUCGUACGCGUGCGUGCCAGAUGCCGACGUUCGAGCGGCGGGCCUGACGCCCUCCUCAGAGUGGUUCCGUGCAUAUGUCCGGAAUGGCUCCACGGCUGGUGCGGCUGCGGGUGCUACAGCCGCUACCGCUGCGCUGGUCGUCGGCAGCAGCAGCCCCCAUCUGUUGGGGCCUGAGCGCAGUGGGCUGGUGCUGCUGCGCUCGGGUUUCGCCUUGGGAGGCACGCACGUGCCGCUGGGGCUCAAAGCGGAGGAGUGGGGUCCGCAGCUUAUGAACAACUCUAUGCAGGGGGCAUUUGGAACGGAACCUUACUACAGUAUUGAAGCUCCAGCGCAGCUGUACACAUUGGCGUUCGAUGACUCGGAUCGGUUUUGGAGCCGCGGUCCCGUGGUCUCAGCCUUUACAAGGUCGUAUAAUGGGAGGCUGUUGGCGUUGCGGCCGGUGCGAGAGGCCGAGGUUGAUGCAGCCAUUUCUACUGACACGUCGGCAGCAGCUGCUGGGAACACCAGCAGUGACAGUGACAGCCUCCUCCGAGAAGGCGUGUUCGGCGCAAGCCGGCCUGAUCUGGAUGGCAUCAGCAGUGCGCCGUACGAGACGCAUCACGUGGGGUCGUACAAUGACUACGUGGUGACUGUGCAGGGCUGCUUUCGCACGCUGGCCGUGGAGGUGCUUCUGCUGGUCACUCGCAGCGGGCGGCGCUACCGGCUGGGCCGCGGCAGCUGCACCGUGUGGUUCAGGGAGGACGCGCCGCCCGGUGGCUACCUGGCUGGCUUUGCGGGCCUUCAGCUGGACGUGGGAUAUUGGAGCAGCCAGCCCCCGAUGCGUUGGGCCGAAGGCCAGGUGCCCAACGCACCGUGGCUCAUGCAGCUGGAGCUGGUGUGGGCCGCGCCUGCCGGAUCGCAACCUCCCGCAUACACACAGCGGCUGCCGGCCCUGCUGCGGCACUCCACGGCGCAGAUUGCGCCGCCGUCCUCCGCCUGCCCGGGCGCGUACCCGCUUGCGAGCCUGGACCACCAGCAGAUGCACUACUGCACCUGGCCGUGGAGGGAGCUCCCAACCCCCUACACAUGGGAACCCAUCACCGGUGUGGGGUGCCCCUCCAACAUGUGCUGCGGCACGCCCGUGUACGCAUUAGGCGUGUACGUCCCCUACAACUACUUCCUGCCAAUCUGUUCCGCAGACGUCACCGGUUGCAUUCGGCGCUGCCAAGUGCAGGCGGGUCUGUGCGGUGUGGUGCCUGAUCGGCCCGUGCUGCACUUUGCGGUGUCAUCGUCCGCGGCUGCGGGCAGCAAUAAUGCCACAACGCCGGGUGUGGCGGCAGCACCCGUGUCGGCGCCGGUGCCACCUCAGCAGUCGUACAUUGUGUAUCCGGGCACGCACGUGCCGUAUGACGCCGCGGCCGAGAUGUGCCGCAGCAGCAACUACAUGGGACUGGCCUGGAGACUGGUGGCGGCCAGGGAGGUCUUGACUUGGACAACUGCUCUGGACUUGCGCAACCCAGCUUACGGAGCACUGGUGGAGCUGGGUUACUUCUGGCUGGGCGGGGUCGCCGAGGCCACAGACAGCAGCGGCGGGUCAGCCUGCGCGACAGCAGUGUACGGCAGUGCAGGGGUGGGCGACAGCGACGGCAGCGCCACUCCCGACUACGACCGGGUGACGUACGACAGCUCAGUGCCGUGCGACGGCGUGGGGGCGGUGGUGUGCGCGCUUGCGGCGGCGCCGGCUGACCCUGAGGGCGGCGGUGGCAGCAGCAGCAGCAACAGCAGCAGCAGCAGCAGCAGCAGCAGCAGCAGCAGCAGCAGCGUCCUUGUGCCACCAGGCCGUGGCGGCGGCCGGGUCUGGAGUCCGGGCCCGCACAGGCUUACGGCGUCACGGCGUAUCGCCUCAGGCAACUACGGCAACAUUUCGUGUAGCGCCACGCUGCUUGAGACCGCCAACAGCAGCACCAGCUCCCAGCAGCAGGAACAGCCCGCUGCGCUUAACACCAAUACGACUACUGUGGUCCUGGCGGCGGCGCCACGUGCAUUCCUCGUCAGCACCGCCGUGCAAGUGUCAGAGAUGGGCAACUCUGUCAGUGCUGUGUCAGCCCUGGGCGUGGAGCUAGGCGGAGGCGGCUCCGCUGCCACCGAUGCCAACAUGACUGCUGGCAACCCCAGCACACGGGGCUGGCACCGGCUAGAGCUGCAGCCUGGGGAGGGGGUGGUGGCGGCGAGCGGCUGUGCGGGAGGUCACCUGGAGGUGCUCCUGCUGCACACCAGCUCGGGCCGCGUGUUGAUGCCGCCGCUGACGGCGGGGCCGGAGGAUGCCGCCACCGGCUCGGCGGCGUGCUCUUCCUCGUUUGUGGAGACGGCCCCGGCCGGCGCCUACUUGGUCGGCUUGCAGGUUACCUUUGGGCAGUUCAUUGAGUCGUUGCGGCUGAUUUGGGGCCAGCCGCUGGCUGCGUUGAGUGGCGGCAGUAGCAGCAAUGGCGGCAGUGGCACUAGCGGCAGCAAUGCUGGGAGCUCGGAGGGCACUGAGGGCCGUGGUGAUGGGGUUCUCGACAGCAGCGUUGCUGUGGGUGGCGGCUUGGGCGCCGCAGCGCCAUCGAGUGCGGGCCCGCAUGGGGAGCAGCAGCCGGCGGCCGUAGACGGGGUCGGCAACAAUCCCAGCAGUGGCAGUAGCAGCACGCCACAAUCUGGCUCGAGUGGCGGUGGGGGCGGGCCUGUUACCGCGGCUGCCAUAGGCGGCGCAGUUGUGGGAGGUGUGGCACUUGCCUUGGCGGUGACCGCAGCUGUGGUGCUGCGGCGCCGCUAUGCACGACGACAGGCGAAGCAGUCGACUGAAGGCAAGCUGCAUAGUGAUGGCAGCGUGGGACCCGCAGCCACCGGGACGCCCAAGGGUGGCGGCGGUGGUGGCGGCUACAGCGAUCCUGCUGGAGCCGCUUCUCCCCUGUCUUCAGAUGGGUGUGCCAUGGCCAGCGGCAGUGCCAGCAGCAUUGCCAACAACAGCGCCAGCGGCAGUACCCUCAACGCGCAUGUGAGCAGCGCCAUAUCACUUGCCGCCGUGCCAUCAGCCGCUGAAGCGGCUCAGGCGGUUGCCUCAGCGAGGCAGCCUGUUUCGGGCGUGUGUGGCGACAGACGCGUAGUGUAUGUCACGCUUCUGGUGGAGGGGGCCGAGGGCGGCUCGGGAGCAACUGCAGCACGCGGUGGGGUGAGCGGUGUGCUCGCCGCGGCGCGCAGCUGUGUGUCACCGGGGAUGUGCAGGCCCGCACCGCCUCACGUCGCCGGUGCAACCAGUGAGGCUGACACGGGCACGGCUGUGAGGCAGGCUGCGCUAGCGGCAAGCCCGGUCGGACCGACGGAGCCCGGCGCUGACGCGGCGGCUGCCACACGUGUCACACGCAUCCUGUCGCUGCGGGCCUCGGAGCAUCAUGUCCCUCAGCCGCAGCAGCAGCCGUCGUCCCAGCGGCAGCAGGUUCACCAUGCAGGCACAGCACCGCGCAAUGCCAGGGUGCCGGGGCGGGACGUGCGUUGCCACAGCGGCAGCGGGAGUGUGGCCGCGUCGCCCUCGUCUUGCCGCCCCGCAGAGAGCCCCCUGCCGCGUCUGUGGGCCACGUUAUCUUGGGCCGUGUCGCCCACCAUCCAACUUAUGGGGACAACAGAGAGUGAAGACCUGCCCUCGUCCAAACGCUGGGCGCAAAUGCCCAUGUCUGGCCGCUGGGAGCAACUGCCGCGCAUAAACAGCUUGGAGCGGCUGCCGUCCGCGUCGCAAUCCCUGCGCUGUGCCGUGCCUGUGGAGGCCACCCCUGGUGAGGGGGACGCCGCACCGGCGCCCCUGCCUGCACCCCAGGGGCCGCAGGGGCUGCCAGCGAUAGCGGAAGAGCUGGACUUCCACAAGCGCAUGUGUGCGUACGUCAGCUCGUGCCAUGUGUUGGCAAGCGGGGCGGGCAAGUGCUCUUCGGUGGUUGAUGAUGCGGGUGCGCCUGUUGGGGCGGCUCAGCAGCAGGAGGCGGAAGGAGGCGGUGCGCUGGGCGCUCAGCCGGCACAAGAGCCGCCAGCCACUGCUGGCGCCGCCCUUGGCGAUGCUGGCAACGGCGGGCCUCAGGGCAUUGAGCAGUCGCUGCUGCAUGCCCAGGCUCAGCUGGCGGGGCGCGCACAGGAGCAGCAAGGCGCGCAGCGGGGGCAGCGUCGUGACCUGGUCCUGACGUCGGUCCUGGGUAGCGGCAGCUUUGGUGUGGUGUUCAACGGCACCUGGCGCGGGCUGCGGGUGGCAGUCAAGACGCUGGUGGUGCAUGACUCGCUGCUGGGGACAGAGGCCCGGCGGCGCCACCGCGCCGUCUUGGAAGCUGCCAUCUCCAAGUCUCUCAACCACCCGAACGUGGUCGCCACCUAUGAGACAGAGGUCAUUCCUCUGUCCGUGCCCGGCACUGCGAGGAACCUGUCGGCACUCCCGGACCCGUUAGCAGCCGGUGGAGACCCUGCAGGCAAUGCCUCGGAAGCGGUCGUGCUGGAUGCGACAACGGACACAUACAAACUCCUACUCGUUAUGGAGUAUUGCGACGCAGGCUCGCUGACGCGCGCACUGGAGAUGGGCGCAGUGGGCAGCGUCGCGGCAGGCGGCGCCGCCGGGCUGUGUGCGCUGACUCUGGCCCUGGAUGUGGCGUGCGGCAUGCGUCACAUACACGCCCGCAACAUCGUGCAUGGCGACCUGUCGGCAGGGAACAUCCUCCUCUGCAGCACCGCGGACGCCCAGUGCCGCGGCGGUUGUGACCUGGCCGAUGCACCGCUGCGCUCGCCGCUGGCUGGGCUGUGGGCGCCGCCCCUGGUGGCCAAGGUGGCGGACUUCGGGCUGAGCGUGCACAUGGGCGAGCACCAGACACACGCAUCCAACAAAUUCCAGGGCACGCCCGCCUACACCGCGCCUGAGGUCCUGUCCCGCGGCCGCCUGUCCUCCGCCGCUGACGUCUGGUCCUUUGGCUGCAUCCUGCUUGAGCUCACUCACGGAGAGCGCAUCAGCCGCAUCCGGGCACGGGCGGCCACCGCCGCAGCUGCGGCUCCUGCAGCUGCGGCCCCCGCACCAGCAGCAGCCGGUCCAGGCGAUCUGCAUGGCACCAGUGGGAAGCCGGUGUGGGUGCCAUGGACUGCGCCGCCGUCCGGCAGCUCGCCACGUCUGGCGCAGCUGCUGGCCGCCUGCCUGGCCAUGGAACCCAGUGCCCGGCCUUCGUUUGACCAGGUGGCAGAGGCGCUGGUCGCGAUCCUGGUGGAGUCCCACCGCAAUGCCCAGCACAAUGUGCUGACUACCAUGAGAGUGAGCAGUACACCACCGCCGCAAAGCCCUGUGAGCGAAUCUGCUGGGCAGUAGCUGGUGGGCGCGAACAUGUUUGUUUCUAAGAUGCUUUUUGCUUGAAAUUGUGCCUUUAAUUUUUGGUUUCAUACCUAUGCUAUCCGUGAGUGUGAUGAAGCAUGUUUGCCAUGUGUUCGACGAUGGGGGUGGGUUCGGGAUAUUGGCGGUAGUGUACUGACUUUGGCAUCACAUGUUGCCAUCAUGGGCUGUUGCGCGGGUUUCCACUCUCAGGCUGGAGCAGCACUGCACAUAAGCGGCCGUUGCUAAUGGGACUGAGUCCCUUUGAUUCUGAAGCUAGGGGUGCCGUAUCCCGAGUGCUUCGUGGGGUCAGAGAUGAGCGUGUGCAUGUGAAAAUCAACGGUAUGAGCCAGCUAGAACCCGAACCACUCGGGACACGUUUUUAUCCAUCUUGCUCGUUGGAUUGGCAGGUUGUGCUUGGCUGCACGGUGAUUAAAAUUGGGGCUGCGAGGUGCUUGACUGUGAGCCGGUCACUGGCUAUCCUUUCCCGUGACGCAAACAUUUUGUUGUUGUGUGUGUGGGGGGGGGGCGUAUGUUAUCCAGCACGUCUGCGGCUUGCUUCGCCUUCAUGCAGCCAACAUGGCAUAUUUCUGCCAGCGGACAAGCCAGCCAGGCCACACGCUUGCACCACGUAAGCGGGUGGGACAGCUGACGACGGCGUGCUCGUGCUUUCACACCAAGGAGAAGCCCAGCAUCCCACUGCUGCUGCCGUGCUGUUUGUACCCGCUUUCCCAGCCUGUCGCUCACGUAACUCAUUUACUCAUCGCCGUUGCACAACACCAAUGACUGCUGUACACCGCGUAGUAACCUCUGGCUGAUUCGGGGCCGCGAAGGGCCGUCCGUAGUCCGUGUCACUUGUACGUCCGUGGGCCCUCGGUGGCGCCAUGUUCGUUUGCGUACAAUAUCAUCGCAUGAUGUCAUACGGCGUGACCACAUCGAU